GUCUCAACUCCGCACGUCAUACUAGUGAUCUACUAUCUUGUACAUCAUCGUCGACGGCAGCAGAAAACAGGUUUGCGUCACGAUCAUCGAGAUGAGACGUAUAGGUUGUCGAAGUGUUCAAAUAGAGCAAUACCCGCCCAUAGAUUUCAAUAUAUUUAUACUCAUUUUCACAUAUUAUUAAUCUAAAGUAUAUCUACCUCUGUACAGUAUUGUAUCCAGCGUUUUCUACUAUAGUUACCUACCUUAUACUCUCAACCAACUUAUAAACUUAUACCUCUAUUAAAUAUCAUCAAAAUGCCUUUAUUUUCUAGCCGCAGGCCCGAGGAAGAAGUUGUGGAGGAGCCUCUCCCCGAGAAGACUGAGAAGAGACACUCGCACGGUCUCUUCGGUUCCCGUCAUCGAUCACCUUCUCCUGCCACCACUCAUAGUAACACAACCAAUAGCUCAAGGAACUCAGACGUUUCAUCCCCUUCGCGUCACCGAAGCGUGCUACAGCGUACCUUCGGACAUGGCAACACUACCAACCCGGACAUCGACCCGUCAAUCGUCCAGGCCCGCGAGCGCGUCAUGCAGGCCGAGGCGGCCGAGCGGGAUGCCGACAGAGCUUUAGAAUCAGCUCGCGUCCGUGUCCGCGAAGCUAGGGCCGAAGUUAAGAGACUUGAGCUAGAGGCUGCCGAGGAAGCCCGACGCGCGAAGAUUAAGCAGUACCACGCCCGCGAAGUUUCGAAGAGGGGCAAGCAGCUUGGUCGUCAUGACGUUUAAGCUACGACUUGAGAAUUGUAAAGAAGAAGUGAUGACGAAUCCUAUGUUGGAAUUAAGGGCUUGGUUGUUCAAAAUGAUACCUAUUUCUUAUCUGUAUUAUCACGAAGUAAGCGUCCCUGUGGCGCUGAAUGUCUGAUGAGUGUAUUAUAUUGUAUUACGAAGUAUGAGCAGC